AUAUAUGUAAGAGGGACGAAGGGUUUAAGGUUUUCCCUUAACCCCUUUCUGGACAUUUCUUCUCUAAGCUUAUUUUCACUCAAUUAGGGUUUCUGAUACAACUUCGUCCCCAAGCACAGUCGCCAUGACUCUGUAUCGGAUCCUCCUCCGUUCACUGCGCCGUUCCUCCGCUAGCGCCACCACGAGCGUCGCCGCCGCCCGAACUCAGUUCAUCUCCGUAAAUCACCUACAAAAUCCCAGCUUUCUUCUCCCUCACCGAUCAUUUGCCUUCUCCUCUGCCGAGGAGGCCGCAGCGGAGCGCCGUCGCAGGAAGCGCCGGCUCCGCAUCGAGCCUCCACUUGGUGCCCUACGCCGCGACCCUGCUCCGAGGCCUCCUCCCUCCGAUGAUCCCCGGUCUCGCCUCCCUGACUCCACCUCCGCGCUAGUUGGGCCUAGACUGAACCUUCACAACCGCGUGCAGUCCCUCAUACGAGCUGGAGACCUCGACUCCGCCGCAGCUGUUGCUCGGCACUCGGUGUUCUCAAACACCCGCCCCACAGUCUUCACCUGCAACGCCAUUAUCGCCGCUAUGUACCGAGCUGGCAGGUAUAACGAUGCGAAGGCCCUUUUUCAGUACUUCUUCAAUCAGUCUAACAUUGUUCCUAAUGUCGUAUCCUACAACAACCUUAUUGUUUCACAUUGUGAUUCCGGAGAAGUUGAUGAAGCCAUAAAAGUUUAUCAUCACAUACUUGAAAAUGCCCCAUUUAGCCCCUCAUAUGUGACUUAUCGGCAUCUUACUAAGGGUCUAAUCAACUCAGGGCGGAUAAAUGAAGCUGUGGAUUUUCUCAGGGAAAUGCUCAACAAGGGUCAUGGUGCAGACUCAUUAGUUUACAAUAAUAUUAUUUUAGGGUUUCUAGAAUUAGGGAAUUUGGAGAAAGCAAAUGAGCUUUUUGAUGAGCUUAAAGAGAGGUGUCUGGUUUAUGAUGGAACUGUGAAUGCAACUUUUAUGGAUUGGUUUUUCAAACAGGGGAAAGAGAGGGAGGCUAUGGAUUCUUACAAGGAUCUUUUAGACAGAAAGUUCAGAAUGGUUCCUGCAACGUGUAAUGCAUUACUUGAGGUUUUGUUAAAGCAUGGGAGGGAGAAAGAGGCAUUGGAUUUAUUUGAUGCAAUGUUGGAUGAUCACACACCCCCAGUCUUCCAAGCAGUGAAUUCUGAUACUUUUAAUAUUAUGGUGAAUGAAUGCUUUAAAUUGGGAAAGGUUUCAGAGGCUAUGGACACUUUCAAGAAGGCCGGAAAGAGUGUUAAGUCAAAGCCUUUUGCCAUGGAUGUUGCAGGUUUCAAUAAUAUGAUCACAAGGCUUUGUGAGCUUGAAAUGAUGGAGGAGGCAGAGAAGUAUUAUACUGAGUUGUGUAAUAAGUCUUUGAAUCCAGAUGUGACAACUUACAGAACAAUGAUUGAGGCCUAUGUUAAGGUGGAGAAGAUUGAUGGUGUGUUGGAGAAGUACACAAAAAUGGUGGAGGCAGGUUUGAGAGUCAUUCCUGUUUAUGCCAACAAGUGGUUCAAUUUCUUGAUUAACAAAGGUAAGGUCCUGGAGUGUGUCCCAAUUCUCACAAAGAUGGGUGAGAGAGAACCAAAGCCAGAUGUUAUGACAUAUGACAUUGUUAUUAGGGCUCUUUGCCAGGAAGGGAAUUAUGAUGCUAGUUUUAAUUUGCUUAGCCAGAUGGUGAACUAUGGCGUUGGACUCACCUCUGCAUUUAAAGAAUUUGUAUUAGAGGAGUUUGGAAACCAAGGCAGGAGAGAUGAGAUUGACUCACUAUUUUCCAGAAAUCCAACCUAUUUUCCGAAUUCACGACCUAGGCCUCCUCAAAUGCCUAGACAAGCUGCAGCUCAUCAAAUUCCAAACCACUCGUCAUGGCAGAAUCAAGCAAUGCAUCAGGCAUCACAACCCACAGUCAUGGCUGGACAAGGAGUUUCUCAAAUUCCUGGACAGCCGUCAGGGUUCGCUCAGAUGCCAGGACAGUCUGAGAGAUAUCCUCAAUCAGCAGGACAUACAACACCGCCCGUCAUGGGAGGACAAGGAUCCACCUACAAUCAAAUGUCAGGACAGACAUCACAACCCACAGUCAUGGCUGGACAAGGAGUUUCUCAAUUUUCUGGUCAGCCGUCAGGGUUUGCUCAGAUGCCAGGACAGUCUGAGAGAUAUCCUCAAUCAGCAGGACAUACAACACCACCCGCCAUGGGAGGACAAGGAUCCACUUACAAUCAAAUGUCAGGACAGACCGAAAGACCUCACUGGGGAUUUACGCCACCAUCAAAUGUCAUGGGAGGACAGCCACAUGCAUUUAAACAAGGAUCCAAUUUCGAACAAAUGUCAGGACAGACUGGAAGACCUCAAUGGGGACAGACACCACCAUCAAACUUCAUGGGAGGUGAGCCACGUGCAUCUGAACAAGUGCAGGGUCAUAAUGUAAGACCUCAGUUUACAGAACAGGCAUCAACUCCCUAUUUUAUCGAACAGCAAGGUGAACAAAUGUCAGGACAGACUGGAAGACCUCAAUGGGGACAUACACCAACAUCAAACUUCAUGGGAGGUGAGCCACGUGCAUAUGAACAAGUGCAGGGUCGUAAUGUAAGACCUCAGUUUACAGAACAGGCAUCACCUCCCUACUUUAUCGAACAGCAAGGUGGACAAAGGGCUUCAGGUCAGAUUGUAGGACCUCAUGGGGCAGGGCAGGCAUCACCACAUGCUUCAACUGCAAGACAGGAAGAUGAAGUCCCACAAAUGGCCGGAAGAGUAGUGCAGUUUAAUUCUUUUGGUAGAUAAAUCAUUGUUGUCCAUGCUUCUUUUUUCAGAUACUAUUCUCUGAUUUUGGCUUCCGAAAGGGCGAAGUUUUGUUUCAUUCUAGUGAUCUUUGUGCCUCAUACUAAGGUAUUGAUGUUACCCAAGAAAGAAAACACUUGAUAUUAUAUUGUAGUAGCUCUGACUGAGAUUAAAGAGUUCUUCAUAAAUACAAUGCAGCCCUCAGCUGUUCUCAACUUCCACAUAUAGUUGUAAUAUUUGCAUUUGUUACACAGAAUAAAAUACAUUUGCAGAAUU